AUGACGCUCUCGCAUUGCCAUGACGCUUCUACAGAAGAUCUACACUUCUUAUUACGGAACAGGCAGAAGAGAAUCAAGCAUUCGUACGCAAAAUUUAAGCAUCAAAAGGGUGGUGCUUGGGAAAUGGUCAUGAAUGCUUUGCUCUACAGUUACAUGGCGCUUUAUAAACACAUUCAUCAACGAUUUGCUGAGGAAAUAGUCGAGCAAAUCUAUCCUGAACAAUCCUUGGAAAAACCAUUGAAAGAGGAUGAUGAUAUUGGAGAAGCUCUUAAGUCUUGGACCAUUAUACCGCAAUCCAAAGAUAUCCCAUUAGGCAGCGUCAAAUUUGAAUUCUAUAAUGCAAAUGCCAUCAGACAUUUAGGUAACCUCAAGCUUAGCGGCAACACCAUCUAUCCAUGCGUUCUCUCCUAG